AUGAAUAUCAUAAUAUGGACUUUCGGAAAAUUUUCAAGAGUCCUUUAUAUUUGGUCUUUAAUGACAUUGACGACACUUGGAAUUUACAUUCCGUUCUAUAUUUGGGCGCACAAACGUCUUCAUUUUUUACCAUUAUCAACUGCUUUAAAAGUAUGGGACUAUGGAUGGAUAGCGGGGCUUGUAUUAUAUUUGCUCAUUUUCAUCGUUCUUCCAGCUAAAGCAAUAGUAGAUGAGGGACUACCAGUAGCUUCUAGCACUGUAAUUCUUACAGAACAGGUUCGUAUGUUAAUGAAAUGUUACGCUUUCAUAAGGAGUACGGCACCAAAAUUUCUUAAAUACAAAAUACACGCGGAAAUGGAAAAGCCAGUAAUACCAGAUUUUUCGAAGUAUCUGUAUUUCUUCUUCGCUCCAACGUUAAUCUAUAGAGAUAAUUAUCCUAGGACAAAAAGUAUUCGAUGGAAGUUUGUUCUCUGGCAUUAUGUAGAAGUUUUGUUGAUUAAUAUUUGA